AUGUCUGAAAAUCAAGACCCCAAGGCCUCUGAAGCAGCAUGCAGUGCAAUGGACUUCCCGGAAUACGAAGAUGAAGAACGCUGGCUUUUCAAAGUUCUGGGAAUCAAGCCUAGGCCUUCCUCUGCUCUGGAUGAUGACACCGAUAAGCAGGAGGACGAGUCACUGGGCCACGACGAAUUUCUUCGCCUGCAAGAGAUCCUUCAGGAGGACAAAGUCAGCAGUACUGAUGAUAGCAACACUUGCCAAGCUGAAUAUACCGAAGACAAUGAUGAGACCAGUCACAGCGACAGCGACCUUGACGAUAAUGUGAAAGUCAUCAUUGGCGACAUUAAAACAAACGCCUCCAUGUACAUGGAGAUGCACAAUAAUCUGAACUCACAAGCUGACCAAGACCUACAAAUAACUGAAUCAGACAAUGCCAUGAACCCAACUGAUUAA